CAACCCUGACCAAACUGCGACAGCGCCAAUGGCAGCAAAACAUAAGUGUUACAGGCGAGGAGGAUGACAGCAACAAGGAUUACAUAGUUUUAUUAAGCCUUCUCACAUAGGGAAGAGUGUGUUACUUUGGCCCUACACAAACAGCCUGUAGUGCUAAAGUCCAGCAUUGAGUAUGAUUCCCUGGUUACGGUGGAGGUGAGGAAGCAUGGGGUGGAAACCUGAGGUUUCAAGACAAACGUGAUGACAGCAUGGUCCAUGGUGGAGAAGCUCAAAAUGGAAAAACGCCCAUGCAGGGAAGAGAACAUUGACUCAAGCGAGGCCCAGCAUGCCACUGAUGAGUCUGAGGAUGGUAGCAGCUCAGAAAGCGAGUCGGGAGAGCUGCAACGCCAGAGGGUUCAGGUGAACAACAGCAGCUGUAAGAAGCAGGAACCUUUGGCUGUCACAAAACCACAUCGACAGCUCUGUCGCUCUCCAUGCCUUGAUCGGCCCAGUUUUUCCCAGAGUAGCACUGUGCAAGAUUUUCGUGAGGAUGAGACCAGCACAGGACCAGGGAUCAAGCCAGCCAGUGACAGGGAGUACCAGACUAAAAUGGAAUUUGCUUUGAAGUUGGGUUAUUCAGGAGAGCAGGUGGAGACUGUGCUCAACAAGUUGGGGGCUGCAGCUUUAAUUAACGAUAUUCUUGCUGAGUUAGUGAGGCUUGGAAACAAAGUAGAGCCUGAAAAUCAACCUUGCAGCAGUACAGCGACAUUAAUAUCACGGUCCCCCUGUGUUAAAGAGACGGUUAGUCCAGAAGUGUCAGUGGAAGAUGAAUCUGUGGAUACCUUUGAUAACCUCAGGCCUAUCGUCAUUGAUGGCUCAAAUGUGGCAAUGAGCCAUGGAAACAAAGAGGUAUUCUCUUGCCGUGGUAUCCAACUUGCUGUUGAGUGGUUUCGUGAGAAAGGGCACAAAGACAUCACUGUAUUUGUCCCAGCGUGGAGGAAGGAACAGUCCCGGCCUGAUGCCCUCAUUACAGAUCAAGAAAUAUUACGCAAGCUGGAAAAGGAGAAGAUCCUGGUUUUCACGCCAUCUCGGAGAGUUCAAGGCAGGAGGGUGGUGUGCUAUGAUGAUCGCUUCAUAGUGAAGCUGGCUUAUGAUUCUGAUGGAAUUAUUGUGUCAAAUGACAACUACAGGGACUUGCAAAAUGAGAAGCCAGAGUGGAAGAAAUUCAUAGAAGAGCGUCUCCUAAUGUACUCAUUUGUCAACGACAAGUUUAUGCCACCUGAUGAUCCACUGGGAAGACAUGGUCCAAGCCUAGAAAAUUUCCUCCGCAAGCGUCCUGUUGUUCCAGAGCACAAAAAACAACCCUGCCCCUAUGGGAAAAAGUGCACAUAUGGACAUAAGUGCAAGUACUAUCAUCCAGAGCGUGUCAACCAGCCACAGCGGUCAGUGGCUGAUGAGCUACGAGCCUUUGCCAAAUUGUCUGCAGUGAAGACAAUGAGUGAGGGGGCUUUAGCUAAAUGCGGUACUGGUCCAGCAUCUGCAAAGGGGGACAGCAACUCUGAGGCCAAACGUGUGGCACCUAAACGUCAAUCUGAUCCCAGUAUUCGUUCAGUGGCCUGUGAACCUCCAGAGGCACUGUCCGUUGUUAGGAAGUCUGAGACAAAUUCAGUGCCUUCCCUCGUGUCUGCUCUCAGUGUGCCCACGAUGCAGCCUGCCAAGAGCCAUGCAGCUGGGGCCUUGAACACACGAUCAGCCAGCAGCCCAGUGCCAGGUUCUUUGCAGUUUGCACACAGUUCUCUAGAGCAUAUGUCUAGUGUACAGUACCCUCCUAUUUUAGUUACUAAUAGUCAUGGCGCCUCUGUUACAUACAGUGAACAGUUCCCAAAGUAUGACUCAGUUAGUGACCAUGGAUAUUAUUCACUGCACAGUGAUUUUUCAAACAUGAGCAUGAGCAGCAUGCAUAAUGUUGAUAGUUUCUGUAGCAUGGAGCACGAGCAUGGUGUGUAUCAGAGAAAUCCCAGCCACUGCCCCGAAUCCUGCCUCAGCCAUUCAAACAGUGACUCGUUCUCCUCUUACGGAGACCUGUACCCAGGCUCUGUGGACAGUAGCUUAGAGGAGAGUAUGAAGGGGCAGCAGCCGUCUCCCGCACAGGGUCGAAUGCAAACUUUCUCCCAUGGGUUUCGCCAUGAAGCACUGACAAGGGUACAGAGUUACGGACCAGAGGAACCCAAGCAGGGCCUCCGUAAGCAGUCUGGAUCUCAUCUAGCACCACAUAUCCAGCAUGCUGCAGUGGGAGCCAGGUCCAGCUGCCCUGGAGACUAUCCCCUAACUCAGAAUGUCCUACCACCUUUGUCCUCACAGCCCACACGGUCUCUUGGUAUGACUCGUAUGGACAGUAUAUCAGAUUCAAGGCUAUAUGAUAGUAACCCAAUGAGACAGAGGCGACCUCCACUGUGCCGUGAGCAGCAUGCAAGCUGGGACCCUCUGCCUUGCGGUAAUGAGUCCUAUGGAUAUCAUUCAUAUCCACUGAGUAACAGCCUGAUGCCAUGUUGCGAACGGGUGAUGGUCCGCAGCAUGCCAGACAAAAUGGAACAAAUCUGGAACUCACCAUGGGAGACCCCGUCUGCAGCUGAACAUCAAGAGCGGUAUGUCAUCCCAGACCACCAGUAUCAAACAUAUCGGAACCUUUGUAACAUUUUUCCUGCUUACAUAGUUCACUCGGUAAUGGAGAAGAACCCUCAUUUGACAGAUCCACAACAACUUGCCGCUGUUAUUGUUACAAAACUGAGGUCAUGCCACUGAGCAGUUAACCAUAUGAAACAUUCAAAAGUGAUGCGAUAGGGAAAAUAAGGCUUUUGAUUGCAAAGAUAGGCACUUGUUCAAUGUUGCUGCACGUGCAACAUCUGCCCUCAGGAGUUAAUAAUUUUUUUAAUGUCUCUGAUGGGAAAUCUGGUGAUCACAUUUUACAUCACUAAGAUGACAGACAUAAUCAGCAUAGAGGAAGUUUGUCUAAAAAGUUUAAGUUGAAUUGCAAGAUGUUUCACAUAUGAAACCUGAAUUUUUAUAUGAAGUGUGGUGAAGUUGGUAUUUGGUAAUACCUUAUUAGAAAUCUGGUUCAUAACACAUUCAUACAACCUGAACAGGAGCUGCGUAGAAGCGAUUAACCGUAUCCAUGAUAAACUUAACCUUUGUUCAUCAUUGUUAAUUCUAGAAAAUACAUAGAAUAGUCUGCUAACAUUUGGCAGGACUGUUAAAUGUCCCUCAGAUCAAUUGAUUUUUAAUUGAUUACAUAAUAUAUAAAAAUGGAGCCCUGAAGUGUUCAGUAUUGAAUAAACAAAUAAUUAUGAAAUAAAUAAUCACAUGAAUAAUUUGUGAUGACAAAUAUGCUAAUGUAGCUAGCUAGUGUGAUACUGAACUUUGUCCUUUUGUGAGUCAAUGUGAACUAAGUGGAUCAGUAAAAAGGUUAGCUAGUUGGCAGCACAGUCAAGAUAGGAAGUAAUAACUCAGCAACAUCUCCCACAUUUUCCUUAUUAAAUCUGACGUGAAACCAUGUCAACAUUUGUACACCCCGUCCUUUUUUGAAGAUCUUGUUCAGGUCCUGUGAAUGUGUUAUGAAAGAAAUCUGAAGUGUUUCUAGUGCAGUGGAACUAUAAAUAACCUAGCUUAGGUCUGCCUCUGCUGUAAAUAAUUCUUGUGUCUUUUUUUGUGCAUUUAUUUUGAAGAUAAGUAAGAGGGAGGUAGGUAAAUACCUCAAAGCAUGAACUAUGACAUUUAAUGGCCUUAUAUCUGAAUGACCUCACGCUUUAGUCAUUGUCUGAUUGGUUUCAAUGAAAGUGUUAGUCAAUGAAGCCUCCUAUACUUUCAAAUGUAAAGCACUAUCUCAGUAUCUAGAGAUAUAUUUUCUCAGCCUCACUUAACAAAGCUACUAUUUUGGUAGAUUUUGACAGUGCACAAAGCAAGCCAAAAAAGAGAUUUGACUUGUAUACAUGUGCACAUAUUUAUGUACAUAUAAUCACACAAAAGCCAUUAUUUCAAAGUCAUUUAUAAGCUGCUAAAUAAUGCCAAAAAAAGAUAAAAUUUAUAUAGUGUCAGUAGUCUACAUAUCUUAACAUUUUGGUUCACAGGAUUGAUUGGACUAUAGUAAAAACUAAAAUCUGUGUUUGGAUCAUUUCUUAUGGUGUACUGUAUAGUUACCUUUCUGAUUUUAGUGGAUGCUACAUCCAGGAUUUUCCUAUUCAUAUACUUGUUGAAUUUGCUGUGCUGAUUCUUUUCAAUGUGAAAAUAUAAACAGUAUUUUGUUUCAAACAGUAGCUCUAAUUGACUCCUUCAGUGGAGCAGCUUUUUUUCAGAAAUAGGUUAAUUUGGGUUCAAGACUACUUUUACAUGCACCUAAGUAGUCUUGAGUAGUCAAGCUUUUGUCACUGACCUGAUUACUGACACAUAAAUGAGAAAUGAGAAACCUAGUUUCCUUUAUCAGUUUAGAACAUUAAGAGAAACUUGGUUAUAGAUCUCUGUUGGUAUUUGGCCAUUUGUACACUUUCUAAGGGGUUGUUUGUUGUUGUUGUUUUUUAAACUUGUGCAUGACAGAGACCCAGGACAGGGAAGACAUCAUUACUCUGGCAGUGAUGAAAGGAAAUAUUGUUACUUGUGUCCAUGCAUCAUUGCAUCUAGAGUAAUUAAAUCCAAAGUCCAGUUUAUACUGAACAAUCUUCAACAAGCAAACACUAAAACAUGCUAUCCUCUUACUUUACCAUUAGUCCAAAUAUCAGUGUGGCAGUGUCCUAUUACUAAAAUUCUUAUUUAACGGACUAGUGUAUAGGAUUUAGGGGGAUCUGUUGGCAGAAAUGGAAUAUAAUAUUGAUAAUCAUGUUUACAUUAGUGUAUAAUCACCUGAAACUAAGAAUCUUUUCAUUAGCUUAGAAUGAGCUAUUAAUAUCUACGUGGGGAGCUGGUCCUCUUCCAGGGAGCCCACCAUGUUAAACUGUCAUGUUUCUACAGUAGCCCAGAACGGACAAACAUACCUAAUAAUACUUGUUCUAGAAAGGGCCUUCGCAUGUUUACGUUACCUGAAGGCCACUGUAAGUUUUCCUACACACUUGGAAAAGGAGGGUUGAGGGGAGGGGAAUUCAGUUGGUUGCAAUCUCCAACCUCAAGGUUAGAUGCCACUAAAUCCUACACACUGGUCUUUUAACACACUAGAUACACAUAAAAUAUUGCAAACUUGGUUCAAAGUGUGGGGGAGGGAAGAUACAUAUCUGCUUUUGGAUAAAACUGUGUGUAAACUGGGAUUUUAAAGAAAUACAAUUGCAGUGCAUCUUAACAAGUCGUCCAAUUUCAUGCCUUAACCUGAUUUCUCACCGUUACCUGGUUUCUUAUGUGCAUAUAAACGUAUUGAAACUUUGAGAAUUCAUUUCACCAGGCUGUGAUUUGACUAAGAUAGGGACAAGUUGUAGAAAAUUUGUAUUAGAGAUGGAAACAGUUUAAAUGUUUGCACAAGUCACAUGAUGCUCAGAUAAAAUGAUAAAAAACUGUAACAGUUAGGCCUGGGGGUGAGUUAAAUAUUUGACUUAUUUUUUGAUAUCUUUUAGAAUAUGAGGUUUCAAUAAUUGUAUAAAAAAAUGCAGUGAAUGCUAGAAAGCAUGUUGGAGAUGACAUUUAAUGUAUGUUUUUAUUUUUUCGGGUGGGGUGGGGUCUGAAUUGCUCAAAUACAGAUAUAAAGUACGCAUACAUGCAACCAGUCUCCCAGGAUCAUGGAAAGGUUUGGCUGUGCCUUGCAGCACAUUGCUCAGGAUGCUUUUAGUUUUCUAAUUUUCAGUCUUUUCCUGCCAAAAACCAGUGGUUACUGGCAAGAGUCUACUCUGAUCUAGUAGUGAUAUAUUUUGUGAAAAUCCUACAUGUAACAUGUAGUACUUUAAAGUUAAAGUUUAUUAUGUACAGGUAAAAUGUGGAGAUGGCAUCGCAAAACUUUGUACUUCUUUGUGUUUAUCCUCGUUAUGCACCUUGAGAUCUAGAAAACUGGGCUAAUAGGGUGGCUUUAUGUGAUGCAGCUUUAGCCAGAUGAAGUAAUGUUGGUACCAUAAGGGUGCAAAGUUCCCAUGCAGCCAAAGAUGAAAAUGGGUGUUAAAAAAACUGCUUAAAGAUAAUUUGAUUUGCUCACAUUAUAGCAUGCUGAUUGCCUGGCAUUUGUUGAGCCAGUGAUCUUGACUGGACCUUUAAAUUUUAACCAUGAAUGGGAGCCUAAGGAUGCUAAUUCUGGAUGCUAAUCAUGAAGUUUGGUAUGGCCCCUAGUUCAUCAGGUCAAACCUAUCACUUAUUCACAAUAAAUCUUAACUAAUGGGGCACGUUAACAUCAGUUUCUCUAGAUGCAUUCAUUCUCCCAAGAUGUUUAAUUAUCUUGAUUUUUUUUUUUUUAAUGAUCCAUUGCAUCUUCUUUCCUCCGACAUCUGGACAGAGUUGUGCAUGAAACAUUCAGCCUACAACUGCAGAGAAGCUGUAACUUGUAAAGACAACCCUAAUAGCAAAAUUGUGCUUUGAGUGCAUUUAAAGGGAAAUGCCACUUAAUUUCAGGAUUCAGGUAUGUUACCCCUAGGCUUACUUUUGGAUUGCAUGACUGAGCAUUACCAAUUAACAGUAUAGUAUUACAUGAGUUUGGCCCCCAAUGUUUAAUGUCAGAUUUGUGUUAAAGUUCUAAUUUUGAGUCAAAUAGCAAACAUGAUAAGGGGACAGUUUAUUGCUUUGGUGUUUUAUUAUUUCAAUAAAUAAUUAAAAACACAGGGAAGUGAUGUUGAGCUCAAACACAAAGUCCAGAGAGUUUGACUCCCAUUUGUACUUAAUGGAGCAGCAUCAGACUAUGUUUUGAUGGCAUCACAGACUAUAAAAAAACUGCAUGAGAAUUUUUAAACUGAGUGGUAUUACUCUUUAACAGGGCUAAUUAUGUGAGCCUGACUUUGUCUCAAUGGUGGUGCUUCAAAAAUAUAUAUUUCUUUAUAAUGUUUAGGUACAACCGUGAUAUAUGAACAGACAUAAAGAAAAAAAACAUUUGAAUGUGUUUUGCCCAAAUGAAUUUUGGGCUUUUCUGACUUUGUUUUUUCAUGAAAAAAGACAAGGCCACUUGAGGCCAGCUGUCUGUUCAUGAGAAGGUGAAACAAACUGCCUAAAUGUUUCUUCAUGUGAAACAAUCAGAUUGCAAGGCUGCUGUCAAGGUUGUUUCUGGCAUUUGGCUAAAAGUUUGCGUGCCAUCCUUUGUCCUUGAAAUAGUUGAAUAUUCACAGAUUCAAAUAAAACAAAAAGUUCUCAGCGCAAAAAGAAUAAAUUAUGCAGUCACUGAUAAAACUAAAACCAUCAGCUUUGUUGCUGACUGCGAGAUCAAAUUUAAUAAUAUGGUUCUCUAGUGAUAGUGAGAUCCUUCUGUAACCUGAACACUGGAAAAGCCAAUUGGCCUAUUGAACUCGAGUGCAUUUAUCUAGGUGUGUUAAGGAAUUACAAACUUUAAUAUAGAUGACAACACAAAUCUAUGGUCAAAUGCAAAUGAUCAGGGUUUAUUUUAAAUUUUUUUAGGUCAUAGUGGGAAUAAUCCUAGAAAUUUUAAUUUUGCGAUCAUCUGGUAAAUCGGUGGGGAUAUCAAGUGAUGAUCACAGAUAUCUGUGCCAGAUAUUGAAUCUAGUUAUACAUACAAUUCCUGAGCUGUGAUUUACAGUAGAAAUAAUGUCAAUUCAAAUCAAAGGAGAAGGGAAAUACAGGAACAAUGCUCAUUUCAGAUAUUUCAAUUUUGUCCCUGUUCCUAAGACUACCUCCAGGAAUACACUCUGUUUACCUGGGCCACAGACUCCUUCCAAGCUAAAAGUAAAACCCUCACUAUCACAGCAAAAGACUCGAAAUGUACCAAUCUAGUGUUUUACUGCUUUGCCAAAAGGUUACACUAAAGGCAAGAAUGGUGGUUCAUAGUCCCCACCCUCCCUUGUAAGUGCCGCAAACAACUAAGCCACAAAUGUCUAGAAUUGACUUUUGCUUGUUGAUACAAAUUGUAUCUAUACCUUGAAUGUAACAAAAUAUGAAAUGUGUAAUAUGAAAAUAGUUUUAUUUAAAUAAAGGGGAAAACAAUCAAUGCCAUAAUGUGUGUGACACUGUGUGUCACUGGGAGUAGCCCACUGGUAUGUACUAAUUAUUACUGGGUACAGUAGUUAAUUUGCAGGGACAUUUACGUGCUACCUAAAAGUGCACAGAUACCCUGUGUACAGCAGUAAGCAUCAUGUCCUCUCUGUACAUAGUCACACGUGUGUGUGUAUAUAUAUAGAAAGCAAUCUGUAAUGUAAGUUACUUCAGUUGUUCAAAUACUUAUAUAAUAUCUGUGUUGUAACCUGUGAACCUUUGGUUAAGUGCAUCUAUUUCCCCUGAGCUGCCAUGUCUGCUUUAUGCUACUAUAAUCGGAAUUUCAAUAUUUUUGAUAAUAUUUUGCCUAAUAAAACUUGCCAAAGUUAAUCUUGGGUGGCUUUGUCAAAUGUAAUUUCUUAUGUUUCAACACAAGGGUUGUCAUGUAAUGAAUUCUAUAUUUCAGAGGACAAAGGAUUUCUUUUCCAUGCACUGUAAACUAAGAGUGACUUUACACCAAACGCAAAUCUGUGUCUAGUCUGACAGUUAAAAUACAGUUAAAAGAAUAAUAUAGAAAUUGCAAUCUGUCACUGGCUGAUCUUUGGGUGCCACAUGACGUCACCACAUGCCCUCCACGUGAUCGACAAGAAGCAGAUGACAGUUUCAGUAGCACCCUGAUGCUGAAUAAUAAAUUCAGUGUCAAUUUAACUCAGAUUUGUGUUUGAUGAUGCUCUUUCAAGAUACAGAUCCUUUUAAAACUGGUAUUUAUUGAAGUGUUUGGCAGUUGAUUUAAUGACUAACCCUGUAUGUUGACAAAGCAGAGGUGUGUUGAAUUGUGAAUUCCUUCACUAUUGAAUUAUUCACCAAUUGUAAUUUAAUAAUUUUUUUGCAUCUGAGGCCAGUUUGCAUUAGACUAGCUAUAUUUUCAAGAUGUUAAGGCUGAUAUUGUCAAAAUAAUAAUAAGUUAAGAUCAGAAUUGAUUGUUAAUGGCUAAGAUCAAGACCAAAGUGAUUUUUGAUGUUUACACAUUAUGUACCUGUUAUGAUAAUUGGUUCAAACACACAUACACAACUAGUUAUGGUCAGAUAAUUGUGAGCCAUUUGACAUCUUGCAUUUUGUGCUACCAUAUAGUUUAAAAAUGGACUCGUUGGUGUACAAAAUGCUAUGACAAGAGGCACACGCAUUUUAACACUGACUGCACAUACAUACAGUGUAAUACUCAGGUUAAACCACAGAAACAUUUUAAAUCACAUACUUGGUUGUUUUCUAAAAUUGAGAAAUGCAGUGGUCACCUUUCUGAAGUAGUGUAAUUCUCCUGUUUGUGUAGACCAUUGUGUCUGAAAUGUAAUAAGGGAAAUCUAAAGCAAGUUUUUUUGUGUUGUGAUGAUCUGCAGUAUUGUAAUCUACACUGGCUGGAAAGCAUUGCUUUUAUAGACCAAAAUAAACAAAAAUAGACUAUUUGGGUCUUUGGGCUCAAACAAAAUGUAAGUCUUAAUGACAAUGUGUUUCUC